AUGAUGGCCAUGAACGCCAAGCAGCCGUUCACCAUGCACGCUGCCCUCCAGGAGCCCAAGUACUCCAGCCUGCACUCCAGCUCGGAGGCUAUGCGCAGAGUUUGCCUCCCAGCCCCGCAGCUCCAGGGCAAUAUAUUUGGAAGCUUUGAUGAGAGCCUGCUGGCCCGCGCAGAGGCUCUGGCGGCUGUCGAUAUCGUCUCCCACGGCAAGAGCCACCCGUUCAAGCCGGACGCGACCUACCACACCAUGAGCAGUGUCCCAUGCACCUCUACCUCCUCCGCCGUGGCCCUCUCGCACCCCGCGGCGCUCACCUCGCACCCGCACCACGCCGUGCACCCGGCCCUGGACGGCGACCUCCUGGAGCACCUCUCGCCCUCGCUGGCCGUCGGCGGGCUGGGAGAGCCCCCGGGCUGGCGCCGCGAAAACCUCCCCUCUCCCGGGGCUCCCAGCGGCCCCGGAAGCGGCGCGAGCCUGGAAAGCCCAGGGCGUCCUCGACCGCCAGCCCGCCUCUACCCAGGCAAACCGUGCUCGUCGCAGCAAGGGAAGACGGGACUUUCUUCUCCUUCCACCUCUUGCUUCGACUUGAUGAGUCUUGGGACGCUAAGAGGAAAACGCUCGGCCGCUGGAGGCCGAGCUGGACGUGAUCAUCGGACAGCGCGGGGUGGCGGCUGGGACGCCCCAGCUCUGGUCGCCCUGCACCGAGAUUGCCGCUUUCCUGGUGCGCGAGAGGAACCAGGAACUGAUUCAUUGAGCGGCAAGCCGCGUCACCCGGACCUUGUUCGGCGGAGCCGCCUUGGUUCGAGUGCCCGUAUCGCCGAACUUGACGGCGAUGCUCCCGCCAGGCGGGUUCGUUGUGAAACACAGUUGGCUGCAGCGAAACCAUUCAGUGCUUCAGUCAUCACCGCUCUGUGUAAAAAAAUACGCCAGGAGAAAAAGCGGAGGAGUUACCAAGGCAAUCGGGACUGGAUCUGA